AAUAAAUUUAACAGCUAUUCAUCCAGCUGUUUUGAUUAUUCUGACUUUAACUAUUAAUUUUAUUUAUUUAUUUACAAUUAAUUAUAUAACUUUUUAUUUGGAGUGAUCAUUAAAUAAUAUGUCAAGAGAUAGAUCUAUUGCUAUCCCUGUAAAUCGUGAUACUCGAACCUUUGAACAACAUCGUAGAGAUUUUUUCAAAGGUUUAGAGAGUAAUUUUCGCAGCAAUGGAAAUAGGCAUUCAGAUUCUAUUAUGCCGUAUGGUCAACAUGGUUUUGAUGAUAAUUGGUUCAAUGAAGUUGAUGACUGGAUCAAAUCAUCUUGGGAUCAUUGGAAUGAUGAAAUGAACAGAAUACGACGUGGAAUGUUUCAGUUAAUGCCUUUAGAUGAUUUUGGUAUGAAUGAUUGGGAUACACAUGAACCGAAUAGUUUAAUCCGACAAAUGGAGCAGCGUAUGCAAGAGAUGCGUAAAAGAAUGGGCAUAUCUGAUAUGCCACCAUUCAAAGCUACAUUCGAUGAUUUCUUAAAUGAUCCUUAUGAAAUUGGCAAUGAUGGAAAGUUACAUUUCAAAGUUAGAUUCGAUGUGAAAGGUUUCUCACCAGAGGAUAUUAACGUGAAAACUACAGAUAAUGGUGUUGUGGUUAGUGCUAAAAAAGUGACACAAACAAAUACAUCAAAAAGUUCCCGUGAAUUCUGUCGAAUGAUUGAACUUCCACAGUCGAUUGAACAAACAAAAUUGGAAUGUCAUUUAACAGAUGAUGGUGUUUUAUUGUUAGAGGCACCAGUGAAAAAUAAUGAUCACAAAUCAGUGACAUUUAACAAUAAACCUCAACUUGCUAUUCGACCUAAAUCGGCUUUUUCCAGGCCUACUACGCCUAGAAAUGGUCGUAAAUCACCAGCAAAACCUUUGAUCUUAAAAGGUACUCCCGGACCUACAAUAAUUGACGACGGUUACAAAGGUAAACGACUUCAUGUAGAAAUACCAAUCGAUCCAAUGUAUAAAUCUGAAGACUUGUGCAUUAAUGUUGAACCAAAUAAUCGUCUUGUUGUAUCUGGAAAGCAUACAAAACACACUGGAGAAGGUGUACGUCUACGUAGAACAUCAUCACCAUCUGCACAAUUCACUCAUUCAUAUGAAAUUCCACAGGCAGUUGAUCCUUCAUCGAUUACUUCAGAAAUUGUUGGUAACACGUUGAUUAUAGAAGCUCCAUUGAAUAAAUCUUAUUCAUCAUAUUAUUGACAAAAUGCAUUCUCAAUAAAAGAAAAAAGAUCUCAAUGUGAUAUGAUCAAAUCAGUGAUUUUUCCAUUGAAUAUUAAAUGUUAAACUAACUUUCAUUUCAUCUAUAAACAGAGAGCCUUAUUUGCAAUCGAUAAAUUUUUGAUUUUCAUCAUUAUUUUUUUUUUGAAAAUGAGAAUAGUGUAUAUAAACAGUUUAACACUGA